GUUAAAUUUUUAAAAAAAUAUUUCAUUUCGAUAGUUUUUCAAGUUAUUAACACCGUGAAUAACUAAAUUCAUGCUAACAAACCUCGAAAACUAGAUGUUACAGGCAGCUGCUGCUUCUCUGAAAAUUGAGCCUAGCAGGGCUACACAUUUUCGACUCGAUCGUAAUGAAAUGAUUGAACAAGCCUCUCCCUCUUACUUCAUGCAAUGUCAUAGUCAACUACUUUUUUCGUCUCAUAUUGUCGAAAAGAAAGCUUAUUUAUUCUGUUUCCAAGUUUGCUUUGAUUGUUCAAUAGUUUCAGACGCCUCAUGAACACCUUCAGCCAGACUGACUACCGAUAGGCUAUCAUUGACUAUUUGAAUUGCUUGAAAUCAGGCCCAGUCGGUUCAUCUGUCAAAUAUUUUCACUUCCUGGCAUGAUAUGAUUGAAAAUUCUGUCGUUGAUAUCAGUUCUCAUAGUGGUUCGCGACGUGGCGCAGCAUAAAGUGAAACAGAAAAUAAAAGAAGUGUUUUUAUUGCAAACAUGAAUCUUCCUUCCGGCCCGUGCAAGGAAAAUGCUACCGCCAAACGAGCAUAUCACUUCUCGGAAGUUGCAGGAAAACACGUGCUAACCACUGACGCUGGAUAGUCCUGCAACAUUCAACCGGACGUCGAAUGUAGCUACAUGCAAAGGACUAAAAUGGAUCUACAGAAUUUUAUUCGGCAUUUUCGAUCCCUGCACACCGAGAGGGCGAAGGCCCUCGGUUUGCUGUUGGAGCAAGAGCCCUCGGCUAAAAAACCAAGAGUCGUCCCAAAGCGGCCUAUUCCGAUCGAUCAACAAAUGUUGGUUGAAGCAGCAACGAAGCUCGUAGCCCUUCAUAACCUCCCAGUUUCGUGUGUCGAAUGGGAGGGAAUGAAUGUGUUACUCGAUCCGAUAAAGGCAGCUCUUGGGGUCACUUUGGAUACCAGAACCCUGGAGUGCUACCUAGGAAAGGCAGCAGAAUUAGUGAGGCAAGAGAUUGCCACUGUAAUGAGAGAAAAACUUGUAUCUCUCAAAAUCGAUUCGGCAAGCCAUAUUAGCCCAGUAUGAUCUAAACGGCGAGGUGGUCAUCCGGACCCUAGGUAAGUGUUUACUGAGGAAACGAUCAACAACUCUACACCACACACGUCAAAGUGUAGUUAUUACCAUUACCAUUAAAGUGUAUAAUUAAAUUAAAAGAGUUACGCAUUUUACGAUUUCUAGGAAUAAUUGAAGUCAAAGUGCGUCAAACUGCUGCGUUCCUAAAAACCAAAAUUUUGCAAGUUAUACAGGAGUAUAAUUUAACGCUCACGCACGUGUGGAGCGUCACCUGUGACAAUGGGGCGAACAUGCUCGCCGCUGUAAAACAGCUUAAGUUGGAGCUGGAGAAACAACACCAGAGCAAUCUGUACGCCGAUGAUGAUGAUAAUUCCGAUUACACAGAUCAGGACGCGGAACAUGAUAUGGCGGAGCAUCAACUUACUGCUGCUUUAUGAGAGGAGCUGCGCGAGAGCCUAAACCUUAUCCGCUGCGCAGUCCAUACACUACAGCUAGCGAUUCUAGACGUAGUGAGCAAGUCACACGAAGCAGUUAAGCUACUAACUGAGACUGCCAAGAAAUGCAGAUCGGUUAAGUACACCAGCGCCUUUGAGCUGUAGAAGGCACGAUACCCUCCCGUUUGGGGACAACCCCUUUGGUGCGGUAUUUAUUCGAUGGUGUCUUGUUUCCUCGACCAAAAAUCGUUUUUCGAGAAGCUGGCAGAGCAGUUCCCUGAGAUGUAUCUUUCGGGAAGCUGGGACUUUACGAGACAAUAUGCAGAGGCAUUCAAACCUCUUUUUAUAUGCACCAAAAACAUGCAAUCAAGGCAUAUUUCGCUGAGUGAAUUUUAUCUUCAAUGGAUGAUUACUAUCCAAAAAGUAAAGAAGAUGGAUACGAACCCAUUCUCAGCUACACUUGUCGAAUCACUGAAUAAACGAUUGGCAAGUCUGCGAACAUCUCGCGCAUUCAAGAUCGCACUCUAUCUUGACCCCAGACUCAAUUUCGCGGGCUCCAAGUUGUUCACCAGUGAAGAGAAAGAAGAAAUUCAGUCGUACAUCGUUGAAACCUGGAACAGAAUUCAUCAACUUCAAUCUCCGGUGGCGAAACUAUCAGACGUUCAGCAGCUGUUCAACCAAGACAAAGGUGAACAUGAGAAUGACGUGUUACUUACAGAGCUUUUCGGGGGCACCGCGGAAUCCUCUUUUUUGGAUGACAAUAACUUCAACCAGCAGCUCAAGGCGAUAGAAGUUGAGCCAAGGCGAACAUAUAACUUCGACGUGUGGAAAUUUUGGGUUGACCGCAAGUGUACACAUCCUGAAUUGAGUGCGGUAGCUGCGGUGGUGUUAGCUACACCGUCUAACCAAGUGUCGGUUGAGAGGGCAUUCAGUGCUUUAGCACUGGUGCUCACCAACAACCGAUCAACUCUUGGUGAGGAUACACUAUCAAAUACCCUGAUUGUUGAGUUAAACAAACCGCUAUUUGACAAAAUUAUUCCCAAACUAUGCGACGCAGCCAAGGAGCAACUACUUGAACUUAAACGAUUUUUUCUCUUAGUAGGGUAGUACGAUAAAAGAAACGGAAAGUUUCUCUGGUAUCGCAAAUAAAAAAAUGAAACAAAAAUUGAUCGAAAAACAUCUUACUCACUUCCAUAUCACUACCAUAUCGGACAGUUUCAAAAAUAAAAUGGCCAUACAUUAAUAACGUGAGUGGAAACGGGUAUUUUCAACGGGUGAAAUAUAUUUAAGACUCAAGAGUAAUUUUCCAGAAGAGAGUUUUGACAUAGAUUUUAUUCAAAGCAUUGAAACCUUUGCAUGCAAAGAAAAAAUGUCUGAUUUUGAAUAGUAGGGAGCUGAUCAUGUUUCUAAAAACUUACAUCACAUAUGGUGUACAUCUUUCAACCGGGUAUUAUCAAUUCCUAACAUUUUUUUCUCAGAAAGAAUUUCUGUACAGUCGAAGGUUUCUGAGCUGCAAUACUUCGGAUAAAUAACAAACACAUGCCUCUUCAUAACAUUUGGCGAACAUAUGAAUCAUAACUUAAAAUAUCUUAAAUAAACAAUCCUUCUUAUUGUAUUUCUUUUCUGCUACUGUUGAAUGACUAAGGUGAUUGCCUAUCUUUGACUUAGCAUUGAGUGCUUUCAUGAGAUUUUAGUGUGACAAAAUACUGCUCCAACUAGCAACCUUUCGUUUUCAUUCGGACUGAUGACGUUUUACAAUCUCGCAUCAAUAUGAUUAACAAAGAAGGCGUGAACGUAAUAGUAAAAAAGGAGUGAAGCUUGAUGAAAUGUUCGUUCGAAACCGAAAGUGUGAAGAGUAUGGUAGUACGUUGAAACUGUACGUAUUUGAUUGACAGUGACGUUUUGGUGGUUCAUUUUCAGGAUGAAUUACACCCAUUGAACUGAAAAUGUUGGGCCCUGGAGCCUACUAAAGAUCUGUGAACAACUCGGAUCAAUGAUGUACCCGUUCUUAUCAAACGGCCAUGACAGUUCAAUUCAGAGGUAAACAAUGAGCAUUCCUGUAGAAUAUUACAAACUACUCGAGUAACAAUAUUGGUUUUAUCAAAGUUUUAUAGUGAUUAUUACACUAUCAGAUCCAAUUAGAUUCCUGCUUUACGAUUACAAAAACAAAACUUAGGGAUUUCUGACAAUGAGACCAUGGAGGAGUGUUUACUAUUGAAUAUUCGAUGCUUGUAAGUUUUCUUUCAUAGUAAUGAAUAAAUUGCAAAGCCAUUGUAACUCAUUUUUAAACAAUCACCAUAUCAGAGUGUUUCAAACAAUUUCAAUAAGAUCGUGUCAAUUCAGAAUACUUUUGCUGUUUUCGUUAAUAUUGAGCACUUGUUUGAAAUGUGUAAAUUUGGAAAUACGAGCCAACAUGUUCAAAAAAUUUUAGUUGCAAGAUGUAUAAAAUUGAGGAGUAUCUAUUUUAACGAAUGUUAAAUUUGAGAUACAAUUGCUAAGUUCAGACAGAAGCUCUCAAUAUUUAUGAACUAUGAAAUUUUUUUUAUAAUAAGGCCGUUACAAAUUUUAUUUUCAUUUUAUGUCACCCCCCCCUUCAAGAGAGUGUCGUCAAAAGGCAAGCGAAAUAGAUAAUAAUAAUAAUAAAGCGUUAUUUUUCAACAUUUAUUUGAGUGCAAGUACAAACGUCAUAACUUGCACACAAACUUUUAUCAAAGAUAUUUCUUUUUUUACGUCUCGGUGUUAUUUAUUUUUUGCCACCCCCUUUGCUAUGUUUGAUAACCUUGGACAUAAAAAGAUUUCGAAAUUUGUAUCAGCCUAAAAGUUUAUAGCAUAACAAAAGUGCUCGGCAGUAGCUGAAAACAUUGACUCAAUGGAGUUGUAAAGGAAAGUCAAGUUUUUUGAUAAAAAUAGAUUGCAUAUAGUAAAAGUAAGUACUAGAAAGUUAGAAUAAUAUACAGUUGAAUCCCUCUAAAACGACAUUUUUCAUAACGACAAAUGUCUCUAUAGCGACAUUCUCAAAGGCCCACAGAAGACUAGCAAGGCGUGAACGAGAACGCUGAAAAAGUUAGGCCGUGGUUAUACUGGGGGAUCUGUUUUGACGCGCUUUGUUGAUAUUAUUCCUCCCCGAACUGU